AUGUCUCAGCAUCCAGCUCUCGAUUCAUCGCCAGUCCCAGCAGUCGCCCAUAACAGCGGAAUUUCGACAACAGAGCAGCUUACUGCUGAUACACCUCGACCUUCGACGAAGCGCACCAAAGCUACCUUCUGGGUUGCAGUUCAAAGCUUCCUAUGGGACAGUGACUCUCAUCUGAAGUCUCCAGAGGAGCGACGGCUGCUGUUCAAACUUGACUGUUGUGUUUUGCCUUGUUUGUGUCUCGGUUACUUUUGCAAGUAUCUCGAUCAGACAAAUCUGACGAACGCGUACGUUUCUGGGCUUCAAGAAUAUCUAGGAUGGUAUGGCAAUCAGUACACAUAUGCUGUUGCGCUAUAUACUGCGGGGUAUGCCGCUCUUCAAGUUCCCUCUACUUUAAUCGUUCAACACGUCCGCCCUUCCGUCUGGCUCGCCUUUUGCGAAGUGACGUGGGCUGUCCUCACCUUCUCCCAAGCAGCCGUCAAGAACACUCGCACCAUGUACGCUCUCCGCUUCCUCGUCGCUAUAUUCGAAAGCGCCUUCUUCCCCGCUGGAGUGUAUCUGCUCGGAUCUUGGUACACGCCUAAUGAGCUAGCGAAACGUACUGCCAUCUUUCACUUCACAUCGGCAGCUGGAACGGCUUUCUCUGGCUACAUGCAAGCAGCCGUCUACACAACUCUGAGCGGUCGAUACGGUCUUCAAGGCUGGCAGUGGCUCUAUAUCGUAUGCGGCAUUAUCACAGCUCCUUGUGGUCUCAUGGUCCUAUUCCUCCUCCCCGACUAUCCCAACAAAGGCCAGAAACGCUGGUAUCUCACCGACGCCGAGUUCCAGCUCGCACAAAAGCGGAUGGAGAGGAUCAAACGGCCCGCCGCUGGAAAGAUGACGAGAUCGGCGUUUGCCAGUAUGCUCAAGGGUUGGCACAUAUGGCUGAUGCCGUUGACUUACACCUUCUAUGGUCUUGGAUGUGCUUCGGGAUCUGGAGGAUACAUGAACGUCUGGUUGAAAUCUACAAAGAAGUAUUCUGUCGCCCAGAUCAAUCUCAUUCCCACAAUCCUCAACGUUAUUCAAAGCGUCAGCAUCGUAACCUGGGGCUUCCUAUCUGACUAUACCGGCUCCCGUUACCUCUGGAUCGCAAUCGCCACCAUCGGUUCUGUCUUCCCCUGCGCUGUCCUCACCGCCUGGCCCUCCUCCACUCCCUUCAUCCUAGCCGCUUUUCUCCUCACCGGUUUCCAAUACGUCACCGCUCUCUACUUCUCCUGGUGGCAAGAGAUCUGCUCCAACGACCCUCUUGAGCGAGCUGUGGUGGUGUGGCUAUCGCUGGGGCUGCAGUUCGGGAUGAGUGCAUGGGUGACUAUCGUCAUCUUCCCUCAAACGGAUUCACCAUCUUUCCGUAAAGGGUUUCCUACAACUCUGGGCUUCGUCGUUGUGGGUCUUCUCCUGGCUACCGUUGUUCAUCUUCUCCAUCGACGCGACAUUCGCCGAGGCCUGUACGAUACAGCCGAGGAACGAAAGUAUGAAGAACAGAAUCAAGGAGCAGAGGUCAAUACAGAAGAGAUUCCGCUACAAGAUUUGAAGCACAAGUCGGAGGAGGAUCCAAACUUGCCAGAGUUGGGUCGUUGA